AUGAUGAAAAGAAGUGGAAAACAGUCUGAUAAUGGUCGUGGAAUCAAUACUGAAGAAACCGAACAAGAAGUUACUGAAGAUAAUUCAGAUGAAGAUUUCCAACCGAUUAUGUAUAGAAAAAGAACUAAAAACACGCCGUAUAGUUCUGAAAAUAAAAAGACUAAACUAAAUAAUGUGGUCCAUACCUCUUCUAAUACAAGUGCUACUGCUAGCUCAAGCUCCAUAAUAAUCAACCCCAGCUCUUCAGCAGUCAAACCAAGCUCUUCAGCAGUCAAACCAAGUUCUUCAGUAGUUGAAUCAAGCUCUUUAGUUGCUGAAUCAAGCUCUUUAGUUGCUGAAUCAAGCUCUUUAGUUGCUGAAUCAAGCUCCUCCAAUUCAAAUGUUGCCAAUUCAAGCUCCCCAGUUUCUGAACAAAUUAAACAAAUGAUCACAAUCAAAACGACUAUUCAAAAUAUUUGGAAUCAGGAUCAUGUACGACCUUUAUACGAUUUAGUCGACAAUGUCAAUAUACUAGUUUUACAUACUUAUAGUUUCUCAAAAUAUAUAUUUUUGGAGGAGCUAAAGAAUAGCAUUGACUUCAGCUUGGCAGAUUUUGUAACAAAGGAGUUUUUCGUAGAGGUGUUUCUGGCUCUGAUCAUUCCUGGAAAGAUAAAGUACGCGCAACAGCUCGCAUUGUACGAAUGUACUAAAAUUAAUACGGCUUACCACAAUAAUAUCAAGGCACAUUUUGGUAACAGAUUGCAUAUGUUAUUGAACAUGCUUUCUAAAAAAGAAGAAAAGUUACUCAGUCUCGAUCAUCGUAUGAAAGCUGUAAAUGCCACGAAACAAGCUAUAAAAGAAGCCCGCCGAAAAGAAGUAUUUGAACCCCUUAACAAAAUGAAAUUCGCUGUAUCAAAAAAAGAAAUUCCUUCUUCGGAUGUCCUGGAUGAAAAAGCAUUAUCAUCUGUAAGGGACCUACUAUCAACUUACCCAAACAACUACAAAUUCGAAAAGAAUUUUAUCUAUUAUAAUGUUAAAGCUCACCCAGAGAAGCAUUUCAAUGCUUUCUACAAGAUUGCUAAACUUCUGGAAACUGAAGCAGCUAAAACAUUUAAUUGUUUUCCAAUCAAAACAUCGUUUAUACCAUCCUACAUUACUCUGGAUUCCAAAAUAAAAACUUCCUUCAAGGCGGAACAAAAGUUUGAGAUUUGGAGCAACGUCGUUAAUUUAAACAAGAAAUCAUUCAAACCUCAAGGACUUAAUAAAUCUCUACGAUUUCAGGGCACCAUUGAAACUGAUGGUAUUUGUGCUUCGGUGUUAAAACAGAAUAUCACCACGGGUAAAAAGCAGCCAAGAAUGAAUAAUAAGAAGACAGAUACUAUCGACGAGGAGUAUGUCGAAAAUAUACUACCUGCUACACUGAAGGAAAACCAAGGCAAAUACGUUUUAAUUGACCCUGGAAGACGAGACCUUAUGUUUUGCAUGCAAGAGUCAAGUACGAAGGAGAAGCCCCAAAUUCUAAAAUAUACAAAAAUCACUAGAAAUAAGCUGACUAGACAUAACAAAAUAUUAAGCAAACAAAAUACGCCAGAGUCAGUAAAAAUCGCCCAACUCAUUUUGUCUAAAACCGUAUCUUCUUCAGUAGACAUUACAAAAUUUGGGGAUUACAUCAAAACCAGAGCCUCUGUCACACAUGUAUUAACGAGAUAUUAUGGAAAUGAAACAAUGACGAUCAAUGAAUCAUAUUUCCCUGGAUCUGUCACGGAAUUCUCAAUACGACGAGGAUGUUUAUACUAUGGAGAUUUGUUUGUUAUAAAUUUUCGAGGAUAUUAUCCGCAACCGAAAGACACUACUAGCACCACUACUGAUUUGAAUUUAAAGAUAAAAUUCAACAGCAAGCUCUAUCACGAUCAAAAUGAUGCCAAUUUGGUUCAACGGCUAAAGCUAAAAUUUGGGAAAAACUCGAUUUUAGUGAUAGGUAAUUGGUCUGCUCCGAAUACGAAAUUCCAGGAGCCCACAAGAAGUAAAGGCCUAAUCAAAAUGUUGAAGAAGGCAGGAUUUACUGUUCUUUUAAUCGACGAGUUUAAAACGUCCUCAUAUUGCCCUACUUGCGAAAGCGAACUGGAGACAUUCAAGACUGUUGUCAACCCUCGCCCAUACAAAAGAGCCGAUGCACCAACUGUUGAAUGUCACGGUUUAUUAAGGUAG